AUGUUCUUAAAUUUAGAAUUCGGCAUUUUGCCAUAGACUUAAACAAUUCUAUUUUAAAAUCUCCUAAAAAAUUAUAAAUCAGGCAUAGUAACUGGGACUUUGUUGUUUUUGAAAGAGUUCCAGAGUAAUAAUAAAUAAGAGAACAGGUUGAACUUGUGUAAACAAUUAAAAUCACUUCUUGAAGAAUCAUAUUAAUUAGUUGAUUCAAAUUCCAUCUUAUUUUAUGCCAUCCUUGAAUCUUGCAUAAGAAAUCAGUAAAUCUACUAUUACUAGAUAGUAAUUAACUUUUUUGUCGAAUACAAACCUACCUUAGAUUAACAUAUGUAUUAUUUUUUGUUGAAUUUUAUUGAGAAAUGCAUCAAAUAAAAUGACACUGCAAAUGUAGAUCAAUUAUAUCAGCUAUUAUAUCAAUACAUUGCAUCUAAGAAAAGUCUUCCUAUUGACCUUUGCAAGUAAUCCUACAAUAUGUGCGCCUUUGAUUAGUCAACACUGGCAAAGUAAUUAGUGAAGCUUCACACUUUCUUUAUGAUUUCAAUGUAGAUGGACACCUGCACUAUAUAAUUCAUAAAAGAUACAGUCAUGGGAAACAAUCAAUAUAAGUAUUAAUGGAAGGUAGAAAACAAUAAAUCAUUGUUCAUUAUAGUUUCUGAGAUUUUAGAAUAAAUAUAGCCGGAAUCAUAAUUUAAAUUGGAAUUGAUCAACAUUAAACACCUGUUUGAAUUGCUAUUUUAUUUAAUAGAACAAAAUACAAAGAUGGAAGUGGACAAGGUGAUCCCUUAUUCUUUAAGGUAGAUCAUAAAGAUGGCUUACAAAAAUAAAUUAGAUGAUUUUGUAUGCAAGAUUUUGUUGAUUUCAUUCAACCACGAGAAUCUGUUUUUGUUUCUGCUUUUGGAAUUGCAAUCAUAUGAGGGGAAUAGACAAUUGAUGAUAUUAAAGAAAUUCAUUUAUGAAUAACAGAUACCAUUAUAUGGAUAUUUGCUGGUAAUUUGUUAGAUAGUUGAAUAAAGUGAUACAUUGGAGACUAUAUUAGAGAUGCUGCCACAAUUAAAUUAGUAUAAACAAUAUAAUAAAUAAAUAGAAUAUUGA